UUCAGCAUUCAUUUCCGCUUCUUACUGUUACCUCAUUCUAAAGAGAAAUGGGGGCCUUGAGAAAUAUUAUGAAUCCCUUCUGCACUUUCUUGUUUUUAUGCAUGUUGUUGCACGUAGCGAGCUCAAUGCCAAAAACAAGUGCAAAAACUCAUUAUCAUGGUUUUAUUAUUCAAGCAACACCGGUGAAGAGAUUGUGCAAAACCCAUAACACUAUUACAGUCAAUGGAAUGUACCCUGGACCAACAUUGGAAGUGAACAAUGGUGACACUCUAGUGGUCAAAGUCGUUAAUAGAGCUCGAUACAAUGUCACCAUUCACUGGCAUGGGGUGCGACAAUUGAGAACCGGAUGGGCUGACGGGCCAGAAUUUGUGACUCAAUGUCCUAUUAGACCAGGACACAGUUAUACUUACAGAUUUACAAUUCAAGGACAAGAAGGAACACUUUGGUGGCAUGCCCAUAGCUCAUGGCUUAGAGCCACCGUCUAUGGGGCCUUGAUUAUUCGCCCACGCCCCGGAGAGUCCUAUCCCUUCCCCAAGCCAAAGCAUGAAACCCCUCUUCUUCUUGGUGAGUGGUGGGAUGCGAACCCAAUUGAUGUUGUGAGGCAAGCCACAAGAACAGGAGCUGCACCAAAUGUGUCCAAUGCUUACACCAUCAAUGGUCAACCUGGUGAUCUUUAUAACUGCUCCAAAAAAGAUACAAUCGUAGUUACCGUGAAAACCGGCCAAACAAAUCUCCUUAGAGUCAUUAACUCAGCACUCAAUCAGCAACUUUUCUUCAAAAUAGCCAACCACAAGCUCACGGUAGUUGGGGCCGAUGCUUCUUACGUCAAACCCUUCACCACCUCGGUUCUGAUGCUCGGACCGGGCCAGACAACCGAUGUCCUGAUCACUGCUAAUCAGCCACCAACCAAGUACUACAUUGCAGCACGUGCCUAUGCUAGUGCUCAAGGUGCACCAUUUGAUAAUACCACCACCACAGCCAUACUUGAAUACGAAACUGCCCCUUGCCUAGCAAAAUGCACCUCGACCAAGCCAGUUAUGCCAUCUCUACCUGCAUUUAACGACACUGCCACUGCAACUGCCUUCACAAAAAGCUUGAGAAGCCCGAGAAAAGUCGAAGUACCCAAAGAAAUUGAUGAGAAUAUCUUCAUUACAGUUGGUUUAGGACUCAAUAAUUGCCCCCGUGGUGCCAGACGCAGAAAUUGUCAAGGACCAAAUGGGACUCGAUUCACUGCCAGCAUGAACAAUGUAUCUUUUGUGCUUCCAUCCAACUUUUCCCUGCUGCAGGCACAUCAACAACAUAUACCUGGAAUAUUCACAACUGAUUUUCCAGCAAAUCCACCUAGGAAAUUUGAUUAUACCGGUAAUGUAAGCCGGUCACUGUGGCAACCUGCCCGUGGGACUAAGGUGUACAGACUAAAGUAUGGAGCAAGAGUACAGAUAGUGUUGCAGGGAACAAGUAUCUUCACAGCUGAGAACCAUCCUAUUCAUCUUCAUGGAUAUGACUUCUAUAUCGUUGCUGAAGGAUUUGGAAAUUUCAAUCCAAAAAGAGACACAGCCAAAUUCAAUCUUGUUAAUCCACCACAGCGAAAUACAGCUAGUGUACCUGUUGGUGGAUGGACAGUGAUCAGAUUUGUCGCCGAUAAUCCAGGAAUCUGGCUGAUGCACUGUCACUUGGAUGUUCACAUUACCUGGGGUUUGGCAAUGGCUUUCUUGGUGGAAAAUGGAGUUGGAGAACUGCAAACAUUAGAGCCACCUCCUGCAGAUCUUCCCCUCUGUUAAUAGCAUCAACAAGAGGGCAUCUUAGACAAAAUUCAACGAUUCGGAAGAAGAAUCAAUAUUAGUCUGGUCAUAACAUAUGAGUUUUAUGGUUACUUCCCCACAUUGGGGACUAGUCUUUAUUUUUCUUGUUCCAUUUGUUUCCUUGGUUAACAUGCAACCAGGUCACACAAGACUGUAACGUUUACUGCACAGGGCACAAUCUAUUGAUGAUCCUGACUAGUUCUUUGAUUGUAGUAGUAUUGUUUCCUAGAGCUAUUAAUAGGAAAUAUUUUGAAUUUCAA